ACUCAUUUCUCCUGAAGGAUGAGAUCCCUGAAACACCUCAAACAUCACUCCAGGAACAAUGUGGAGGAAGAGAGUAGCCGCUUGGUGCGGACAUACCCCAAGAUGACUGAGGGCCAAAUGGAUGUGGGCACACAGACAGAGCCUGUGGUGGUGCUAUCUCUGGCUCAGGCUGCCGUUCUUGGACUCAUCUCCCAGAAUGAAAUCUUUGGGGCCACCAUAGCUCCUAAUGGCUUUUACACAGGGGAGCCCAGAGAGUGCCCCCCUCCUCCGCCGGAGGCAAUCGAGUAUGAGUAUGCUGACCAGCUAAUAGGGGCAAAUGGAGACUACCUGGCUGAGCCUGCUGGAAAGCCUGAGCCCCAGCCCCACUGCAGUGAGAGAAGACGGCCUGGGCCCCGUGGGAGGACCAAAAGGCCCAGGACUGACGAAGAAUCAGAGAGUCAUCCACACAAAGUACGAAGUCCACAGGCUCAGGUUAAAGGUGAGCGGGUUGAGUCCGAUACCCCUCCUUCUUGUGUUCACAUGAACAGCAGUCAAACUUCAGGCAAGUCGGAAGAUCGAGUCACCCGACAAGCUUGUUUGAAAGAGGAGCAGGCCUGCGGAAACUGUCCUUCAUGUGUGCGAGACACAACCAGGCCACAAACAGAUGGACAGCCAGAACAGGAACGGGAAGUUAACGCUGGCAGAGAAAGAGAGAGGAAGGAAGAAGAGCUGGUGGUGGAGGAAGAGGAGGAGGAGGAGGCACUAAACCUCAAGACCAGCGGGGAGAAUGGUAGUCCCUUGGAGAACCGUUACUAUGAGUCCAAUGAGGUGGCCUAUGAGUCCCCUGACAUAGCUAUGCCAGGAGAGUAUGAGGACAACAGCCAGGCCAUGCUGUGGUCAGACCCAGAGGGCCUCGCCAGGAGAAUGCAGAUAGACCGUCUGGACAUCAAUGUACAGAUCGACGAGUCUUACUGCGUAGACGUGGGAGAAGGUCUCAAGCGCUGGAAAUGCCGCAUGUGUGAGAAGUCAUACACAUCCAAGUAUAACCUUGUCACUCAUAUUCUGGGCCAUAAUGGAAUAAAGCCUCAUGAAUGUCUACACUGUGGCAAGCUCUUCAAGCAGCCAAGCCAUCUCCAGACUCACCUGCUCACCCACCAAGGAACUAGACCUCACAAAUGCACCGUGUGUGAGAAGGCCUUCACACAGACCAGCCACCUGAAGAGGCACAUGCUGCAGCAUUCGGACGUCAAACCCUACAGCUGCCGCUUCUGUGGCCGAGGAUUUGCCUACCCUAGCGAGCUACGGACCCACGAGAACAAACACGAGAAUGGUCAGUGCCAUGUCUGCACCCAAUGCGGUCUUGAGUUUCCAACCUAUGCACACCUGAAACGCCACCUGACGAGUCAUCAAGGCCCGACCACCUACCAGUGCACAGAGUGCCACAAGUCUUUUGCAUACCGCAGCCAGCUACAGAACCACUUGAUGAAGCACCAAAAUGUGCGGCCCUACGUGUGCCCUGAAUGCGGCAUGGAGUUUGUCCAGAUCCACCACCUUCGGCAACACGCUCUCACUCACAAGGUACUGGCAGCGCACACCCUUCCACUUAAGGGUAUGAAAGAAUUCAAGUGCGACGUCUGCUCCAGAGAGUUCACCCUGUCUGCCAACCUAAAGAGACACAUGUUGAUCCAUGCCAGUGUGAGGCCCUUCCAGUGCCACGUCUGCUUCAAGACCUUUGUUCAGAAGCAGACCCUUAAAACCCACAUGAUUGUACACCUGCCGGUCAAGCCUUUCAAAUGCAAGGUGUGCGGGAAGUCGUUCAACAGAAUGUACAACCUCCUCGGUCACAUGCAUCUCCAUGCCGGCAGCAAGCCCUUCAAGUGCCCUUACUGCACCAGCAAGUUCAACCUGAAGGGCAACCUCAGCCGACACAUGAAGGUCAAGCACGGCAUCAUGGACACCUCAAUAGAAGGACAAGAACCACCCCCAGAUCCAGAAAGCCAGGAGGACUUCGAGGAGGAGAGCUUUGAAUUCAGCGAGAGAGAAAACCGGGCAAACAACAACAACACUCCAGACAUUGCUAAACUCUCUCAAAUGGAGUAUUACAACACCUAUGGGAAGGGUGCAGGGCGCUUCAGCACAGCAUGAGUUAUUAAACUCACUCCAAAUUGAAUUUAAGUGUUAAAUAAUGAAAACAGAAUUGCUUUUUUUUUCUCCUUCUUUUUGGGCCUGGACAUAGCGCUCGGGUUAUUCUUCCAGGUUGUGAAGACACUGCACAUUCAUAUGCACUGGAAUUACAUGCAUUACAAAUUUUGGAAAUGUUUACUUUUUCAAUAAUGUUCUUUCAUCUCUAAAAUAAAAAGCAAAUCUACUGAUAAAGUAUAUUGUAAUUGAUAAAGAACUUAACUGUCUUUAACAGAAGCAUAAAGGUAAAAAUAAAUCUAUAUAAAUAUGUUUAUUGUCUGUCAGCUGCCUGACCACAUGAACGCCACCUGAGCCUAAUUUUAAAGCACAUUUUUUGCUUCAAACCUAAAACAUGGUGAUGUUACACUGCACUUACUUGUUCAGACAAUCCCGGUCUCUUUCAGUUGUUGGGAUAAACUGAUGUGAAGGUUCAAAAAAGGGAACAAGUGUUACUGCUCAUCUCACUUGCCAAAGCUUUGAUUUAUACUGUGAUAAAUCAAAUUAGGUCUGCAAAAUGACUUCUGCGAUCUGUGUUUAAUUGUAUAUUAUUGUACAGAAUGUAUCAGUCUGCUUGUAUGUUGGCUGGUAUUAUAAUCAGUGCAUUUCUCUGAGGGCCACUGUGUCUACUUUUUAGGUUCCUGCAUUAACAAGCAUCACCCUGUAUUGAUCUCAAGUCUAUGAAUGUAAUUGUUUCUGUGGAAUGUUUUGAGACGCUAACGAAAAGAAAAUCAAAAUACCCAUUUCAAUGGUAGGACCCCUUUACCAAAGAAUUGGAUCAAAUCCUGCAGUGGUGGGCGCAGUAAGUCUCUUUUUACUUGCAGUUGUGUUGAGCUGGGACAUUGGAUUUCUUGGGGUCCAAUCGUAAACCUCAUGAAAUUACAUUCAGGUUUCUCUCCCACCCAUCUGUAGAUCUCUUCAAAAGAUUAACGCAGAGAGCAGACUUUGGUACAGCUUCUCUUUCAGCAGAUCUCACAAUUUUCAUGCCAUUCGGGGCUUCACAAGACAAGACUGCAGCAUUUUUUUUCCCCCAAAGCAAUGCAAACACUGUUUCCAUAUUGCAGUUGGUUUUUAUGGAUGAAUCUCAACAAGAAUUGUCCCCCAAAACUCGGACAGAAAUAUUAAGUGCCCCGAUGUGUCUGCAAGAGCAUGCCAUCCAUCAUGCUGUACACUGCACUCAAGUGAUGAACGACAACCUCCCAACAUGUGACAGGGCCACGGACCUUGUGGAAAAUGAUUUGGGAAAUACUCAAUAUAUUCAGUUUCCCAAUGCUAAGCUUUUCAAACUUGGAACCUGCAAACAAGGUAUCAUUUGCAAUGUUAAUAAAGUGCAUUUCAAAUAAAAAUGCUCAAUUUUGUGAGUUUUUCAGCUUCUGUGUUCCUUGCAUCACUUUUUUUUUAAGUGAUGAUACAAAAGGGAAAUGUUCCGUUUCAAUGACUUUCUGUAUUAGGCAUUAGUGUGGAGGUGAUGUGGAUAGAAAUGUAUGUACAAUGUUGUGUACCAGAAGAACUGUAAAAUAAUAAAUUUAUUUACCUUUAAA